AUGAGAAAGACAAAUUACUGGCAAAAAAAAGAUGAUAUUUUACCAAAUAACACUUUAACCGUAGGUAUUGAACUAGAUGUUUAUGAUGAUUAUCAAACAUUUCCAACUGAAUUUAUGUUAGAAACACCACAGCGUAAAAUAACUGAUGAUCUUAAAGAACUCUAUAAGAGUAAGAGAUCUUAUUCGUCAAUGAAAGAACAUAAGAUUAUUUUCGAAUGGAAAAUAGAUCAAUUUAAUUCAUUCAUCGAUUCAUCUCUCACGUGUACAGAUGACGUAAAAGUUGAAUCUGUUGGAUUUUCAACAGGUGCUAAAAUAAAUGACGCUUGGUACUUGAGACUAAAAUUUAAAAAUAACGAAGAAACACAAGUCAAAGAAUGGCUGUCAGUAUUUUUGUAUUUAAAACACAGCGAUACAGAAUCACUGUUGGAAAAUAAAGACAGUUUACUACCAAAUAAUAUUAUGACAUUAUGUGUGGAUCUUAUUGUACUUGAAGAUUAUACAUCAACUACAAUGAAAGUUCCAUUAAAAAUUCUGAAGCCUCAAAUAGUUGAUGAUUUUGAGAAACUCUUUAAUAAAAAAAUAAAUGUCGAUGUGAUUUUAAUUGUUGGCAACGAAAAGUUUCAUGCGCAUAAGACAAUUUUAUCAGCACGAAGUCCAGUACUUGCUUCAGUUCUCCACAGAAUGCAAGAAAGUAACAAUAAUAUAUUGAUGAUAAGUGAUGUAGCUCCUGAAAUAUUCCGAGAAAUGUUGAGAUUUAUUUAUACUGAUAAAGUUGAUGAUUUGGACAGCAAAGCUGUAUCUCUACUACAAGUUGCUGAUAGAUUUAAAUUACAAACACUGAAGAUAUCAUGUGAGGAAUCGCUUCGCAAAUCAUUAAUUAAUGCAAAUGCAAUUAAAUUAUUAAUGUUAGCAGAUCAAUGUCAUGCGAAUCUACUGAUGGAGUCCGUCGUCAAUUACAUUGUAAUAAAUAUCGAUAGUGUAAUGAAAACUGAAGAUUACAAAACAUUAGAAAAUUCUAAACCGCUGAUGUUCUAA